AAUAAUGAUGGUAUGUUUAAACCGAUGUUUAAAUUGAGACUAGUGUAUUGUAUCGAAAGUGGCCAGUCUUAUGUCUUGUUACUGUGAUGCUUUUGUAAAAGAAGUGAAAAAAUCAACAUGUUACUGCCCGUGAUCAGACUGCUGCUAAAGGCUUCGAUAGUCGCCCCUUAUCUCUGUGGAGCCAAGAACGUUGUCAUGAUGCCAACUCCCAUGACCAGCUAUUUUAUCUUCCACUCCGAAAUUGGCCAAGCUUUAGUAAAACUUGGCCACAACGUUACCAUUUGUGUUCCCGAAUACCUGGCCAACAAAGGUCUCAUCCAACAUAAAGAGAUUAAUGUCAUGAAAUAUGGGGAUUACCUCGGGGACGUCGAAGACCAUGUGUAUGGGAAAACGCAAAUGAUUGAUCGAUUUUGGAAUGGGGAAAUUUUAACCAUCAGCAGCCUCUUCCCAGUGCUAGAAAUUUUUAAAGAGAUAACUGACAGAGUUCUUACCGAUGACUCUUUUAUAAAAUCAUUAAGAGAAUCAAAGCCUGACUUUUUUGUAAUAGAAAAUUGUUUAUUUACUAGAGAUAAUUUAGUCUUGCCUUAUAAGUUGGAUGUGCCUUUUGGCCUUAUUGGCACAGUGCAUGACUAUUUUCAAAGCAGGAUACCGUUUAGUCCUGCAGCAGAGCCGUUAUUUUUUGAACAAGGAAGUGACGUAAAAAGUUUUUCAGAACGAGUCCAAGCCGCCAUUUUGUCUGCUGCUUUCACAGUGUUUGGCAUGUUUUCGGACAGCGACGUUGUUUCUAGAUACGCGCCUGAAAAGCCUUACACAACUAUUAUGGAAAUAGCAUUGAAGGCUGAAAUAUUUAUCACGGAACUAGAUCAUGUACUUGACUAUCCCCGAGUUGCUUUACCAAACACGAAACUUAUAGGUGGGUCUUCAGUAAGUGAGGCGAAGCCAUUGUCUGGAAAUGUCCAGCAAUUCGUGAAUAAAUCUUCCAAUGGGAUCGCUGUAGUGUCAUUUGGUGGAGGAAACUUUUAUAUACCAGAUCAUAUAAAAUCUAAAAUGGAUGUCGCCUUCCAAAACCUAGAUCUGAAUGUCGUCUGGAGAGUAAACUGGACUAUUGACAAACCAGACAGAAUUUUAGCUUUGAACUGGAUACCUCAAAAUGACCUCUUGGGUCAUCCUAAAACUAAAGUGUUUGUUUCUCAUUGUGGGAAAAAUGGUCAGUACGAGGCACUGUACCAUGGAGUGCCAAUCCUUUGUCUUCCUAUUUAUGCAGACCAAUUUUAUAAUUCUAAACGAAUAGCUGUGAAAGAAUUUGGACACUAUGCAGACAUAAGGGAAAUAACUUCUGAAAAAUUAACGGAAUUGAUUCAAGAAAUAGCAGACGAUCCUAAAUAUAGAAAUAACAUCCAGAAAGCGUCAAAGUUAUUCAAAGAACUUUACAAAGUUCCCAGCAAGGAAGCAGCCUUCUGGUUUGAUCACGUGAUGAAAUAUGGCGGAAGUUACAUGAGGUCAUCGGGUCAACAAAUGCCGCUCUAUCAGUAUCUUCUAGUAGAUGUCAUGGCAUUUCUUUUCUGCGUGGUCAUCAUUGCCAUCUUCGUGUUAUACUUCUUCUUACGAUUGAGUUUUUAUGGACUGCAAAAAUCGAAAGUAAAAAAAGCUUAGUUAAAACCAUAAUAGCUAAUGUAGUAGUAGAAAUAAGUAGAUUAAUCUAGGCGUAUGGAAUGGAUGGCCAUCCAUGUACGUACGCGCCUCUGAAUUCUGAGUAGUCACAUUUUAGCCAUUUUUUUUUUAUAUUUUAUAGUGAAAUACAUCUUCCAGUUAUGUUUUUUUUUUUAUUACAUAGAUGUAGAUGUAAUCAGAAUCCAGGAGGGUGCAAGUGCACCACCAUGAACCCCUUUGCGGGUGCCAAUGCAUUAUUGAUUCAAGAGUUAGAUAAAUUAAUAUUAAAGAAAAUGUUUCGCAUUGUCUUCAAAGUCUAAAUCUAAAGGCCCAUCAUUAGAAUAUUAUAAAGUGUAGUCACUUAACAAGUAGUGCUUUCACUGAGGUACAGUUGUAAAGAUAUGCUAUUAUUGUAACUAGAAAAGGCAAAUCUGUAGUUCAUGUCCAACCAUGUACGAUUUAUUCUAGGUUUGUAUAAAGUUUGUCUGUAUAAAGGAUCUCACAUAUUCUAUAGCACGUUAGUCGUCACGAUUUGUUUGUAUUUGCACAUAGCUAUAGUUAUUUUUAAUGCCACAAAGUAGACUUUCACAAGACAAUCUGUAUACCAAGCACACAACAGUCAGUUCAACUUGUAUUUUUUUUGUCUUCAUCCUAAAACGAUGCAAGCGCUGCAAUGCAAAGAAGAAUAUUAGAACUGCGCCAUAAGCGUUCAUCGCCCGCUUGUCCAUGGCGACGAAAAGCAAUUCAGUAGUAAAGUUAUUGACAGUUUCGGCAGCCACAGUCAACGUCUGCAGUUUUUUUUUGUUUGAUCGAACGUAGGCAAGCACGGGUCUCACCGGAUGUUGUACAGUGAAAGACUUUG